UGCAGUUCUCGCCAGUUGCACCAACGUUAAACGUCUUUCUUUGAAUUAUUAAACAAAAAAAGAAAAAAAGAAAAAAAAAAAAAGCUCUUUCCGAACUUUCUCUUUGGUCUCUCUCCCUUUCUCUGUGCCGUCUUUCCGUUAUUUUUCUCCGUCUAGUUUUUCCCUGCUAUUUUCUAGCAUUUUCCCGGAAUAUUUUCCGGUCUUUUUCACUCAUCCCCUUUUGUUUUUCCCAUUCGUCUGGUUUUUUUUUUUUUUUUUCCGUCAUUUCCACUCGCCAAUCUUCUUAAUCCCCGUAAUCCUAUUAUAUAAAUAAAUUUUUGGAUCUGUGUGUGGGAAAGUUUGUUGUAAACUCGGAUCUUGCAUGGUAAUUUUGAUUCCCUGCGCACAAAAUUUUGACUGGUAUUUUCCAUACGGAAAUUGAAAAUUGAACCCCAAAGUGAAAUCAAUAUCCUUCUGAGAGUUCGGCGUGGGGAUUUCAGAGCUCUGUGAGGGAAAAAGAGAGAGAGUUCGUUACCGUUUCAAUAGAUCCUUAUACUGCUUCUUUUGAGGGGGUAGCCGGGGCCUCGGCCUCGGCGGGUUCUAAAGCCCCCACCUUCACAAACUCUGAAAAAAUUGCUUGUUUAAAUCUAAAACCCUAACCUUUUUUUAUUAUUCUUUUUUUUUUUUCCGUUCUUUUAUUCUUUUGAUCGUCGCGGUUAGAGAUGCCGGCCCUGGCUUGUUGCGUGGACGCUGCAGUGGCACCUCCCGGCUACGCCUUUGCCGGGGAUAGCUCUCUUGCCGUGCCGGUCCCAUUCGCCGGCGUACCUUCGGUGACUACAACCACCGCCACCGCCGCCGCCGUGGAGAAUUCCCAUUGGUCAACCUCUCACUCUGCCGACCUUUACAGAGUCCAUGGAUGGGGUGCGCCGUACUUCUCCGUCAACUCGUCGGGGAAUAUGUCGGUCAGACCUUACGGCGCCGCCACACUUCCUCACCAGGAAAUCGAUUUGCUGAAGGUUGUGAGGAAGGCCUCAGAUCCGAAAUCCUCGGGCGGGCUCGGUUUGCAGCUUCCUCUCAUUGUUCGUCUUCCUGAUGUGCUGAAGAACCGCCUCGAGUCCCUCCAGUCGGCGUUCGACUUCGCAAUCCAAUCUCAGGGAUACGAGUCCCAUUACCAGGGUGUUUAUCCUGUGAAAUGUAACCAGGAUCGGUUCGUUGUGGAGGACAUUGUGAAGUUCGGAUCCCCUUUCCGGUUCGGAUUGGAAGCCGGGUCAAAACCAGAGCUUCUCCUGGCUAUGAGCUGUUUGUGCAAAGGCAACCAUGAAGCCCUCCUGGUUUGCAAUGGAUUUAAGGACACCGAGUAUAUUUUUCUCGCUUUGGUUGCGAGGAAGCUUGCUUUGAACACUGUUAUUGUUCUUGAGCAAGAGGAAGAGAUUGAUUUGGUUAUUGACUUGAGCAAGAAGCUAUCUAUUCGUCCUGUGGUUGGUGUCCGUGCAAAGCUGAGGACAAAGCAUUCCGGCCAUUUCGGGUCGACUUCGGGCGAGAAAGGGAAAUUCGGGCUUACCACGACCCAGAUAUUGCGCGUGGUGAGGAAGCUCGAGCAAGCGGGUAUGCUUGAUUGCCUUCAAUUGCUGCAUUUCCAUAUUGGGUCUCAGAUCCCCACAACUGCUUUGCUGGCCGAUGGAGUGUCCGAGGCCGCCCAGGUCUUCUGCGAAUUGGUACGUCUUGGUGCCCACAUGAAGGUCCUUGACAUUGGAGGAGGUCUGGGUAUUGACUAUGAUGGAUCCAAAUCCAGUGAUUCUGAAAUAUCUGUUAGCUAUGGGCUUGAAGAGUAUGCCUCGGCGGUUGUUCGAGCAAUUCGAAGUGUUUGUGAUCGUAAGUGCGUCAAGCACCCGGUCAUUUGCAGCGAAAGUGGCCGAGCCAUUGUUUCUCAUCAUUCGGUUCUGAUUUUUGAGGCUAUGUCUGCCAGUUCUUAUGAUACUCCGAACAUGUCUGCCGUUGGGCUGCAGUACUUUGUUGAGAACCUAUCAGAGGAAGCUCGUGCUGAUUACAGAAACCUCUCUGCUGCUGCAAGUUGUGGUGAGUCCCACACUUGUUUGGUCUAUGCUGAUCAGCUGAAGCAGCGUUGUAUCGAUCAAUUCAAGGAUGGGUCUCUCAGUAUGGAACAACUAGCCGCUGUUGAUGGGUUCUGCGAAUUGGUUUCGAAGGUGUUAGGUUGUUCUUCUGAUCCUAUCCGCACCUACCAUGUCAAUCUUUCAGUUUUCACUUCGAUUCCAGAUUUCUGGGGUAUUGGGCAGCUGUUUCCUAUAGUCCCCAUUCAUCGUCUUGAUCAGAGGCCGGCCGUGAGGGGAAUUCUGUCUGAUUUGACCUGUGACAGUGAUGGGAAAGUCGACAAGUUCAUCGGUGGGGAGACUAGCCUCCAUCUGCAUGAUUUGCACGGCAACGGCGGUGGUGGGCCUUACUACCUGGGAAUGUUUCUGGGCGGGGCUUAUGAGGAGGCACUUGGUGGAGUUCACAACCUGUUUGGUGGCCCGAGCGUUGUUCGGGUGUCGCAGAGCGACGGCCCACAUAGCUUCGCGGUGACGCGUGCUAUGCCUGGCCCAUCUUGCGCGGAUGUCCUCCGAGUGAUGCAGCAUGAGCCCGAGCUCAUGUUCGAGACGCUGAAGCACAGGGCAGAGGAGUAUGGUCAGGAAGACGAUGGCAUGGCCAACGCAGCUCUAGCCAGCAGCCUUGCUAGCUUCUUCCACAACAUGCCCUACCUUACCGCGCCUUCAUCUUGCUGCUUGACUGCUAUCAAUAACAGUGGCUUUCACUACUGCAGUGAGGAUGAAUUCAAUGCUGCUGCUGAUUCUGCUGCUGGUGAGGAUGAGCAGUGGUCUUACUGUUGUGCUUGAGUUUUUAGUCUAUUAAGCAUUCCCUGUCUCCUUUUUAAUGGCUGGUUUGUUGCCCUAGGGUCGUCUUGUUGAUUUUUAAUUGUUUUUCACUUUCUUUGUUAAAUGAUGUCCUACUUUAUCUAAGAGCAAAGGAUGUAAGAGGUAGGACUAGAGUCCUUUGCAUUUUCUGGGAAAAAAGAGGGGAUCGGAACCGAAUCCACCCUUUUGUAAAUUCGGGAUCUUGUUUCCUUCUUUCUAUAUCUUUUAGUAAAACUUGUCAGAUCUUAAUUUUAAAUAUACUUGACUUUGUUCUA